CAAAUAUAUUAAUUUGAGCCCUGAACUAAUUUGCAGUCUAGUUGGGCAUACAAAACAAACAUGUAGGAAGAUACACAUUGUACAAAAUCAGCACCUCUCUCUACAGUAUCUCGCACUGCUGAUAAACUCUUUUCAACACUGCAAGGUUAUUUGAUAAAUAAUAUUACAGAAAAUAUCCUAAUGUCGUUAUGGCCUGAUUUGCUGGUGGAAUCAUAGAGGCAGUUAAUAUGUGCGGAUGAAGGGAGAACCAGAUUCUAGUACACAUAGUGAAAUUCAAAUAGGAAGAAUAUUAACUGAAAAGAAAUGAGAUUUUUCUGCAGGUUUUGAAUGUACCAACAAAGUUGUAAAGACGACAAAGUGGACAUAAAGUACUUAGACACCCAGAAGAAAUGGGUUAAGAGAUUUUAGGACAAGUGGGAUAUUUUUGUUAAAUGGAAGUAGUGUUAUUUUCUCUAUGCAGUGUGGCAAGGGCUGCCUGCCCGCCCUCACUCACACUGGACUCAGCUCGAUUCUUUGGACCAGGAGAUUGAAGAGAGUCCCAACUCACUCAAUGUGACCUAGAAGACCCCUACUCCGUUUGGUGAGAGAAGCCGAAGAGAUUUAUCCUGGACGGUAGAACAAAAAGAAGAAUAUUGAUGGAUUUUAAACCGCAGUUUUUAAAGCAUUUGAGAUUACUGAGGAAAUAACUUCUUCUCCUUCACCGCAUAUAUAGGUUAAGGUUGUUUCUGAUGCAGCUGAGAAAAAUGCAGAGCAUCAAGAAGGAGCAGGCAUCUCUUGAUGCUGGUAGCAGCGUGGACAAGAUGAUGGUGCUUAAUUCUGCCUUAUCCGAAGUCUCCGAAGACUUGACGACAGGGGAAGAGCUCCUUCUCAAUGAAGGCAGUGUGGGGAAAAACAAAUCUUCAGCAUGUCGGAGGAAACGGGAAUUCAUUCCCGACGAGAAGAAAGAUGCCAUGUAUUGGGAAAAGAGGCGGAAAAAUAACGAAGCUGCCAAGAGGUCUCGGGAGAAGCGUCGACUGAAUGACCUGGUUUUGGAGAACAAACUCAUUGCACUGGGAGAAGAAAACGCCACUUUAAAAGCUGAACUGCUUUCCCUAAAAUUAAAGUUUGGUUUAAUUAGCUCGACAGCCUAUGCCCAGGAGAUUCAGAAACUCAGUAAUUCUACAGCUGUGUAUUUUCAAGACUACCAGACUUCCAAAUCCACCGUGAGCGCCUUUGUGGAUGAGCACGAGCCCUCGAUGGUGGCCAGCAGUUGCAUUUCUGUCAUCAAGCACUCUCCACAGAGCUCUCUGUCUGAUGUUUCGGAAGUGUCCUCGCUAGAACAUUCGCAGGAGGGCCCUGGGCAGAGUGGCUGCAGAAGCCCAGAAAGCAAGUUCCAGGUCAUCAAGCAAGAGCCAAUGGAACUGGAGAGCUAUGCCAGGGAGCCCAGAGAUGACCCGGGCACCUACCGAGCGGCCGUGUACCAGAACUAUAUGGGGAAUUCUUUUCCUGGCUACUCACACUCUCCCCCUCUGCUGCAGGUCAACCGAUCCUCCAGUAACUCUCCAAGGACAUCAGAAACCGAUGAAGGUGCAGUAGGAAAGUCAUCCGAUGGAGAAGACGAGCAGCAGGUUCCCAAGGGCCCAAUCCACUCUCCCGUCGAACUUCAGCGUGUCCACGCCACAGUGGUUAAAGUUCCAGAAGUGAACUCCUCUGCCUUGCCGCACAAGCUUCGGAUUAAAGCCAAAGCCAUGCAGAUAAAAGUGGAAGCCUUCGAUCAUGAAUUUGAUGGCACACAAAAACUUUCUUCGCCUGUUGACAUGACGUCUAAGAGACAUUUUGAACUUGAGAAGCAUAAUGCCCCCAAUCUGGUACAUUCUUCUCUCACUCCCUUUUCAGUGCAAGUGACUAACAUUCAAGAUUGGUCUCUCAAAUCUGAACACUGGCAUCAAAAAGAACUUAAUGGCAAAACUCAGAGUAGUUACAAAACUGGAGUGGUCGAAGUGAAAGACAAUGGUUACAAAGUCUCUGACCCAGAGAAUUUGUUUUUGAAGCAGGGGAUAGCCAACUUGUCUGCAGAGGUGGUCUCACUUAAAAGACUUAUAGCCACACACCAAAUCUCUGCUUCGGACUCUGGGUAAAAUUACUACUGAACAAGCUCUGGGCAUUUAGAGAUGUCAUUUGCAAUAGAUAGUACAUUUUGUAUUAGGCUGAAUUUUCACUGGACUUGUGAUGUCAUUUCACUGUAAUGUUCACAUGUUGACUGUUGGGUGUCUUUCUGUGCACAAAUUAUUAUGAAGAUUAGACUGUGUUAUCACUCUGCCUUGUGUAUAGUCAAAUAGACCAUUGCAAAGGCUGUAUAUAUUGAACAUUAUUUUUGUUGUUCUAUUAUAAAGUGUGUAAGUUACCAGUUUCAAUAAAGGAUUGGUGACAAACACAGAA